AUGGGUCGGAAAAAAAAUAAAACAACAAAUUACUCUGAGGUAUUACCUAUUCUAGAACUAAAAUAUUCAGAUCCAUUGUUUGAUGUUAAAUUACAUCCUUCAAAACCAAUUAUCAUAUCAAGUUUAGCUACUGGUUAUGUUACUUGUCAUAAAUAUGAUCCGAAACAAUUAACUUCAUUUAUGCAAAGUGUUAAAAGAAAAGGGGAAAAGUACACGGAAUCUGCUGGUGAGACCGCUACUGGCGCUACAAGUGUUAAUACUAACAAUGUGCUAUGCAAAGUAUUCACCGUGGAUCCUAGGGGAAAUGAUAGUUCCAACGCUACUUCUUUUUUAACUUUAAUGUGGAAAACAAGAAGGCAUAAAGGAAGCGUUAGAUCUAUGUGUGUUGAUGAAAAUGGAGACUAUGUUUAUACAAUUGGUUCAGAUAAUAUUUUAAAAAAGGCCAACACAAUGGAUGGCAAAGUUGUUAAAAAAAUUAAUUUGUUGACUCUAUUAUCGGACGACCAUAGCAAAGAUGAAUCAACAGUGCUCAAAAUUACAAAGUUGGUCAAAUCAGCAAAACAACCAUUAUUAAUUCUGGGUGAUGAAUCAGGAAAUGUUUAUGUUUUAAGCAGUAAAGAUUUAUCCUUACAGAAUACUAUACACAACAUUCACAAUGGAGAUGCAAUUAAUGAUUUAAUACCGUUUGCCAAAAGAUCAGUGUAUAAGUAUAUUUCGUUAGGUCAAACAACGUUAGCUUAUUGGGACUCAAGAAAAUCAAAAGAUAAAGAUGGUGAAUCUAAAAUCACUGUCAGUGAUGAUCAAGAGGAUGAAAUUUUGUGUGGUACCUUUGUUAAUCCUGAGAAUGGCGAAGUGUUGGUCUGUGGUAUGGGAGAAGGCAUUUUAACCAUAUGGAAACCGAAUAAGAACCAGCUUCAAGAUCAACUUUCCAGAAUCAAAAUCUGUAAAAAUCAAAGUAUUGAUAGUGUUGUUCCUACUUUGCAAGAUGAUAAUUGUGUUUGGUGCGGUUGUUCUGAUGGGAAUGUUUAUAAAGUUAACAUUAAGACAAGUAAAAUUGAAGAAAUUAGGAAGCACAGUGAUUUUGAUGAGGUUUGCUUUUUAGAUUUAGAUUACGAUUAUAGGUUAUUGAGCGGCGGUAUGGAUAGUAUAAAGCUAUGGGAUAAUGAUAAUGCUGUUGUUAAUGAGGAUAUUAGUGAUACUGAUACUGAUAAUAAUGGUGAGUUGAACCAUAGCAGUAAUGCUAGCAAUUUUGACGAUGUAAGUGAUCCUGAUUCUGAUUCUGAUUCUGAUUCUAAUUCUGAUUCUGAUUCUGAUUCUAAUUUUAAUGAAAAUAAAAGUGAUGCUGGACAAAAUAAAAAUGCACGUCUCUUGUCUAAAGAGGAACUAUUGGCGGAGUUGAGUAAAAGUGAUUCCGAAGAGGAAAAUAAAGAACAUAUUUCAAACAAAAGAAGGCAUAUGGACAAUAAACACCAAAACAGUUUGACUAAAAAGCCAAAGAAAAAAGAUAUGCAAAGCAGAUCCAAACCUGAUCAUGGUAUUACAAAAUUUGAUGGUUUGUGA